CCAUUUCCUUCUCUCUUUCCCUUUUCAUCUCCUCCAUAUAAAUCCUUCCGUCGCCGACGAAUUCGAUUUCAUGCCAUUCUUCUGCCGCUAUCAAUCGACACCACCGAUAUGCCAACUACCGCAUCCGCUUCUUUCACCUCCGGAGCCGACGGUGGUCCCACUUCCCUCGUCGCUCGACUCUCCUCCGGCGACCCCGAUGUCAAGCUGAGGGCCCUGCGGGAAGUCAAGAACCAGAUAAUCGGCAGCAAGACCAAAAAGCUCGGCUACAUAAAGCUCGGCGCCGUACCCCGCGUCGCCUCAAUUCUUUCCGCCGCAAUUGCCGACGGCGACUGCUUCCAGCCAGCUCCCGCCGCUUCACCACGGGGAAUGCUCGGCUAUUCCAGCAAUGUCGUCGUCCAAUCGGCGGCAGCUCUCGGCAGCUUCGCCUGCGGAUUCGACGAGGGAGUUCAGGCAGUUCUCGCCGCCGGAGCUCUGCCGCUUCUGGUUAGACUGCUCGAUCAUCCCGACGACAAAGUGGUGGAUGUUGGUGCUCGAUCCCUGAAAAUGAUCUACCAGUCCGAAUUUGCUCCCAAAUAUGAAAUCCUUGAACGCAAAAGCUUGGAAUUCCUGGUUUCCUUACUGAAUAGAGAGGGUGAAAACGUUACUGAAUUAGGUGCCAGUAUCAUAGCUCAUUCUUGCAGGACAGUUGAAGAGCAGAAAACUAUGCUCGAGGCUGGGGUUCUGAAGAGGCUUGUCAGCUUCCUUGAUGGGAGUGUAGGUCAGAGAGAUGCUAGCUUAGGUUCUCUUGCUGCUGCUUUCAGAAACAACGCUGAAGUAAUUACAGAGUUUAUGGGACCUCAUGGCGGGAAACCGUUUAAUGCCAUAUUUAGGCUGACCGUGGAUAGCAACCCCAAGACGAGGUUGCUUGCUUGCCAGUGCUUGAUUGUCAUUAGGAAUGCUACCGAUUGCUAUGUCCAGGAAUUAGGGUUCAAAAGGAAGUUGGUCACUACUCUCCUUGAGCUCCUUGAUGAUCCAGGUCAGGUUGGAGAUGAGUGCCCGUUUGUAUUGUCUAGUCUGGUUGAGGGGAAGGAGGACCUACAUAAGAUAGCUCUUGAAGCGGAUGCUAUGGUUAAACUCCGUAAUUGCAUGGAUAAGGAAAAUGUCAAUCCUAGGCGUCUUCGUGGUGUAUUGUUGGCCUUGGCUGAUCUCUGCUCAAAGUUAGAAAGCUGUAGAUCGACAUUCUUAUCCAUGAAGGUCUUGAAACCACUUACCGGUUUCCUAAACCAUAAGGAGGAAGAUAUACGAAUUGCAGCUUGCACCUGCUUAAAAAAUGUUACUCGAUCAGUCAAGAAUUUGUGUGCUGGUUACUUUAUGAAAAAUGAAGCCCUCGUCAAUGCUUUGAUUCUUUUGCUAACGGAUGCUUCAGAGGAAGUGCAGGUUGCAGCUCUUGGUGUUGUGAGCAACAUUGUUGUUGAUUUCACUACACAUAAGUCGAUGUUUGUUGCACAUGAAGGCAUGCAGCAGCUUUUUUGUUUGUCAAAAUCAAUGGUUCCAGCUGUUAGGUCAAAUGCCCUGCGGGCUUUGAGGAACAUGACGUUCCUUGCUGAUGAUAAAUGCAAAGAAGCAAUUUACUUAGGGAUGACUCCAUCACUGAUUGCAAAUCUUAUACGUGACGAUGAACUUUCCGUUAAGGAGCAAGCUUUGGCCCUUGUUCGCAAUCUUGUUGAUGGAAGCGUUGGGUCAAUUGAGCAAGUUUUUGCUGAUGAUAGUAUUAUUUUAGAUGCUGUUGGAAGCCAAUUACAGUGUUGUCCAAACGCUGAAGUUUUGUUGCAGGGAAUCUAUGUGCUGGGAAACAUUGCCUGUGGAAAUGAGAUUCAUAAAGAAGCAGUUACGUGCCUGCUUUUCCCAUUAGCGGGAAGGGGCCCCGAGCCUUUCUUUGUCAACUUCUUGCUGAGUUCUGACAGUAGAUUGCGCCUUGCUACUAUCUGGGUCCUUAUAAAUCUCACCUUGCCAUCUCCUGGAGCAUUGAAGCGUCAAGAAAGACUACAGAAUGAAGGGGUACUGUCCAUAGUAAGAAGUAUGGUCAAUGAUCCUUGCUUGGAUGUGAAGAUUAGAGUAAGAACAUUGCUCACCCAGACUGAGCAUUUUGGUGACUUUUGACAUCAGUUGUGGAGGAUUAGCCUCUGAAACAACUAGACCAUAGAGAGGAGAGGAGACAUACAUUUUGCUUCUUUUUUUCUUAUCUUCUUUUUCUGAUCUUAAACUUAGCCGUAGCAAUUUGUCCAGCUUUCUUCCGGCGCGUGCAACAUAUCAUGCUUCAGCCAAGGUGCAGACCACACUGCUCUAGAGCAUUCUGUUUUGACAAUUACAGCAGUGUGAGAGGAGAUGCCUUUAUAACUUUGUGGGAUGGUUCAACUGUCAAGAGUGUUCCCUUGAAACAUCAAAUUGUGCAUACAAAUGGCUGUAACAUCAUUCAGUAGACUAUGUCAGAGGAUUCCUGUUGUAUUUUGUACAUUAUCUGCCAUCAGUUUGCAUGGCACUGUAAAAUGCUUGCUUAGAGAAAGUUGAUGCAAAAUUUCAGGAUUUCUCUUGCAUAUUUUCCUACUAGUUGCUGCAUAUGUUCCCUAGUGUUGUAGUUUAUAGUACACAGGGUUGUGUCGGAGCCGUGGAUCAAAUCAAAAGCAUUCAUUAUCAACAAUAAUCAGAGAUUAACUUUGGUACAUGCUAUAUGUGCGAAGCAGGGCAUUGUACUUAUUGCGGGUCUCUUCCCCUUUACAGCUCUGCUUCAUAAGAGAUUGCCACAUCUUUGCUUAGAAAGAAAGGUAACCAUCUCACCAAUGAUUGAUGCUUGACUUGUAUCAUUAUAUACACAGAAGGUUCUUACAUUAUACAAGCUACAUAAUAUCUUCUUUUUUUUGUGACAGUUUCUUUUCACCUUGGAUCAUAUAUAAAGAUCAACCAAGGAAAACCAAUAAAUUCCAUUGACGAGUCUGAAGUCCCCUGAGCUACGAAGUGACAAAGAAGAAGCAAAGCAAAAUUCAUCUGGAAUUCCCUUUUAUCCUUUUCCGGUGUAGAUCUCUUCCAGCAGCAGCUUCUCGAUUCAGCCAAUCUUCUCCGUGUUGGUAUCGUCCGAUGGCCAUAUCACAGUCUCCAGGAGCCGUUCACGCAUUAGCGCUAAGUUCUCGUCUGAAAUCUCUUGGUACAUCUCUGCAUGGUUGCAUUUCUUAAUCCAUUUUCCAUACAGGUGAAGCCUCGUCACCAUUACCCUCUCAGCAAGGUCCUGCCUCUCUUUGGCUAAGGUACGGAUGAAAUGCUUCCCAGUUCCAGGCUUGUUCGUGACCACAAAA